UGCUUGACAGAGGUGCACGGCAGCGAGAUUAUGCAUCUAAUGAGGAUAGAUCUCUAAUAUACACCAUCUAUGCCUAAGGAACGCCGAAAUACGCGACGAAAUAUGGGGUUCUCGAUCCAGGAGAGCUAUAUCGGCAUGUGAAGGAGGGAUCAUCUGCCUAGAUCCGCUUGGUGUGUGGGAACCUCCGAGCUUCAAAGCAACCACAAAGAUGCCGAGGUUCCAAAUUCAUAGCGUCCUUGCCGAGCACCGCGACCGUCCAUUUACUCCCCCAGAUCUAAAGGCUUCUUCAACUCUGUUCUCCCCCAGACUUUCCCCUCAUACUUAAACUUACCACUGACCUCCCUAAGUCUUCCUUGAACUUUGAAUACUUUGUCUAUCCUCCUCUCCUCCCCUCUUCUCCCUUCCUCCUCAAUACUACUGAAACAUUCUGUGCGGAGGCACCACGUCAUUACAUUCUCUGUGCUUUGAUUUUCCCUUUCCUUUUUGUUGUAAUUAUACCCGUACAAGAUGUCUGAGCUGCGCUUCGACAACCAAACCGUCGUUGUGACGGGAGCCGGCGGUGGUCUCGGUAAGGCCUAUGCUACCUUCUUUGCCUCGAGGGGCGCAAACGUCGUUGUGAACGACUUGGGUGGUUCUCACUCUGGUGAAGGCCAGUCGUCAAAGGCUGCUGAUGUGGUCGUCGAGGAGAUCCGCGCUGCUGGAGGCAAGGCAGUCGCCAACUACGACAGCGUUGAGAACGGCGAAGCUAUUAUUGAUACCGCCAUCAAGAACUUCGGCCGCGUUGAUGUCCUCAUUAACAACGCCGGUAUUCUCCGGGAUGUCAGCUUUAAGAACAUGAAGGACCAGGACUGGGACCUUAUCACCAAAGUUCACACCUAUGGUGCAUACAAGUGCGCAAGAGCCGCAUGGCCUCAUUUCCGGAAACAGAAGUACGGCCGUGUCAUUAACACUGCCUCGGCUGCUGGCCUCUUCGGUAACUUUGGCCAGGCCAACUACUCUGCCGCGAAGCUCGGUCAGGUCGGUUUCACCGAGACCCUCGCCAAGGAGGGCGCCAAGUACAACAUCAUUGCCAACGUCAUUGCACCUAUCGCCGCUAGCCGCAUGACUGCCACCAUUAUGCCCCAGGAUGUUCUGGACCUUCUCAAGCCCGAAUGGGUUGUUCCCUUGGUGGCCGCUUUGGUGCACCCCUCUAACACAACCGAGACCGGUGGAAUCUACGAAGUCGGUGGUGGCCACGCUGCCAAGCUGCGCUGGGAGCGUGCCAAGGGUGCUCUGCUCAAGACCGACGACUCCUUGACCCCCGGUGCUAUCGCUAGGAAGUGGAACGAUGUCAACGACUUCUCUCAGCCCGAGUACCCUACUGGCCCGGCUGACUUCAUGACCCUCUUGGAGCAGGGCCUGAAGACCCCCAGCGCCCCGUCUGGCGAGGAGCCUGACUUCAAGGGCAAGGUUGCUCUUGUCACUGGUGGUGGUAACGGUCUCGGACGCGCGUACUGUCUGCUCUUUGCCAAGUAUGGCGCCUCUGUGGUGGUGAACGAUCUGGUCGACCCUGAGCCUGUUGUGCAGGAAAUUAAGAAGAUGGGUGGAAAGGCUGUCGGUAACAAGGCUUCCUGCGAAGAUGGCGCCGCCGUUGUUAAGACUGCCAUCGAUGCUUUCGGACGUAUUGAUAUUCUGAUCAACAACGCCGGUAUCCUGCGUGACAAGGCCUUCACCAACAUGAACGACGACCUGUGGAACCCUGUUAUCAAUGUCCACCUCCGUGGUACCUACAAGGUUACCCAGGCCGCCUGGCCUUACAUGCUUAAGCAGAAGUAUGGCCGUAUCGUCAACACUGCAAGCACCAGCGGUAUCUACGGUAACUUCGGCCAGGCCAACUACGCCGCGGCGAAGCUUGGCAUCCUCGGUUUCUCCCGUACCCUCGCCAUCGAGGGCGCCAAGUACAACAUCAAGGUCAACACCAUCGCUCCUAACGCCGGUACCAACAUGACCCGUACUAUCAUGCCCGAGGAGAUGGUCCAGGCCUUCAAGCCUGACUACGUUGCUCCUCUCGUGGUUCUUCUUUCCUCGGACCUUGUCCCUGGAACCGGUACCAAGGGUCUGUACGAGUGCGGCAGCGGCUGGUUCUCUAACACUCGCUGGCAGCGCUCUGGUGGUCACGGUUUCCCUGUGGACGUCAAGUUGACCCCCGAGGAGGUUGUGAAGAACUGGAACAAGAUCACCAACUUCGACGACGGCCGCGCGGACCACCCCGAGGACAGCCAGGCUGGUUCUGAGAAGGUCAUGGCCAACAUGGGCAACCGCAGUGAUGCCUCCGAGGGUGGCAACGACAUCUUGGCCAACAUUGAGAAGGCCAAGCAGGCGACCACCGACGGCACUGCUUUUGAGUACUCCGACCGGGAUGUCAUUCUCUACAACCUCAGCCUGGGUGCUAAGCGCACCGACCUGCCUUUCGUGUACGAGAACAAUGAGCACUUCCAGGCCAUUCCCACCUUCGGUGUGAUCCCUUGGUUCAACACCACCGUGCCUUACAACAUGGACGACAUUGUGAAGAACUUCUCCCCCAUGAUGCUGCUGCACGGUGAACAGUACAUGGAGAUCCGCAAAUUCCCCAUCCCCACCGAGGCCAAGACCCUGACCUUCCCCAAGCUCAUUGACGUCGUUGACAAGGGUGCCGCUGCUCUCGUCGUUGCCGGUUUCACCACCAAGGACGCGAAGACUGGAGAGGACCUCUUCUACAACGAGUCCACCGUUUUCAUCCGUGGCAGUGGCGGCUUCGGCGGAUCCCCCAAGCCCACCGCUGCCCGCCCCAAGGGAGCCACCGCGGCGUACAAGACUCCUCAGCGCAAGCCGGAUGCUGUUGUCGAGGAGAAGACCUCCGAGGAUCAGGCUGCCCUCUACCGUCUCAACGGCGACCGCAACCCUCUUCACAUUGACCCUGAGUUCAGCAAGGUCGGUGGCUUCAAGACUCCUAUCCUGCACGGUCUGUGCUCCCUGGGUGUCUCUGGUAAGCACGUGUACAGCAAGUUCGGUGCCUACAAGAACAUCAAGGUUCGCUUUGCCGGUGUCGUCCUGCCCGGUCAGACUCUGAGGACCGAGAUGUGGAAGGAGGGCAACACCGUCCUGUUCCAGACCACUGUUGUGGAGACUGGCAAGCCCGCCAUUAGCGGCGCCGGUGUUGAGCUGUUGGACGGAGCCAAGGCCAAACUGUAAAUUAUAAUUAAACCGACUACUUUUUGCGUGAUGGCGAAAUGAUGGGAUUAAA